AUGCUUGCAGUCGCGGCCUUGUCUUCAGAGAUUUCAGAGCCCAAAGCCAGGGCAUGCACAGGUCAGGGGAUCCAGCUACUCAUCUCACGCAUCACUGCAGUGCUGGUCGCCUUGUAUUUCUUUCUGGUGGGACUUGACCUGAUGGGAAGAGCAUUGUUGGUCUUGGGUGGUAAAGGAGCUGCUGGACUCUUUGCAUCUGCAGGAAAUCCCAUAAAGGGCCUUGUGAUUGGCGUCUUGGCCACUGCUCUUGUGCAGUCCUCGUCGACAAGCACCUCCAUCAUUGUAGGCCUUGUUGGGGCCGGCCAGAUAUCUGUACGUGAGGCCAUUCCAGUGGUCAUGGGUGCGAAUGUAGGAACAUCAAUAACCAACACAAUCGUGUCCAUUGUGCACACUGCUAGUCCGACUGAGCUGGAGCAUGCCUUUGCGGGAGCGACGGUGCAUGAAAUGUUCAACUUGCUCACAGUUCUUUUUUUGCUGCCCACGGAGAUAGUCGUGGCAUCCAUUACUGGUGAUGGUGGACCGUUGUACCUUGCCUCGAAGGCAGUUACGGAAGCUGCAGUGGGCGCAGGGGCUCGUGCUGUCACCUUUAGCUCCCCGACGAAGUCGAUCGUGGCUCCUCUGACAGAUUAUUUAUUGGAUCCAAACAAAAACGUAAUGAAAGCCGUGUCUUUGGGAUCGCCAUUACCUAGAGAAGUGCCUGCCGCGGUGAACAUCAGCCUGUGCUCAGCCUGGCUGAACUGCGAAGAGUAUUUCUGUGUGUCGACUUCUAUGCAGAAGGCUUGGAGGAAAUUAGACCUGGACGGUUUUGCCUCUCUGACAAAGUGCAGUCAUGUAUUGAGCUUCCCAGAUGGCUGCGUGCAAUCGUCGGACUGUUACUUGGAAGCUGGCAAGUUCUUUGAGAUCUCGAUUGAGGGUGCUCGUACCCUUGAUUCUGGAAUUUUCGCCCGUGUCGGCGAUGUUGUUGGAGGUACCCUGGGGCUGCUUCUUUCCUUCGUGCUCGUUGCAGGGUCGCUGCUCUGCCUUGUCACAGUGCUAAAUGCACUCCUUGCUGGUUGGGCCAAGAAGAUGGUGAGACAUGCUGCACAAGCGAACGACUAUCUUGCUGUGGUCCUCGGAUUCGCUGUCACUGCUGUUGUACAAUCGAGUAGCGUGACAACCUCUACUUUAAUUCCUCUCUGUGCCAUGCAGGUCUUGCCGAUGCAGAAAAUGCUGCCCAUAACCAUCGGUGCAAAUCUCGGAACAACGUGUACGUCCCUCAUCGCGGCGCUGGCUCUACUUAAUCCAGACACCUUGCAGAUUGCUUUAUGCCAUCUGUUCUUCAACAUCUUUGGAUUGCUUAUGUGGUUCCCCGUGCCAUUUAUACGUGCACUACCUGUGAAAGCAGCGUGUAUGCUUGGCUUCUACGCAUCCUGCUGGCGAAUGUUUCCCGUUAUCUAUGUGCCCACUACUUUCAUUGCUCUUCCAAGCCUUUGCCUCGCAAUUUCUCUGCUCUAUGACCGAAGCAUCGUGGCAGGCGUCAUGGCAACGGCUUUGUUUGUGAUGAUACUCGCUGUGUUUGUGGUUUGGUGGUGGAUGGGUGGCUGUUACAUGGUGAUUAGCAAAGAGAUCCGUCGCGAGAGGGCUGAGCAGAAGGCAAGGGAGCUUGAACUUGCUGGAGAGACUCCAAAGGAGGAGACCUUGAUCAGGUCAAACCUGUCCAAGUCGACUCAGGACGCUCAGCUUGUCGUGGCGGUUGAAAGCGAAGAGCCGAGCGAGACUCAAACAGUGGCAUCCCUGCAAUCGGCAGCCACAGAAUUUUGCAAGGAGACCAUCGAAGCUCCUGCCAUGGCACAGAUGAACGGAGAGCUCCCAGGAGGCCCACCUCCCGUCACGCCACAGCCGCACGACGGCAAUGUGGUCAGUCCCGACAACAGAAGCCCACUUCCCAUCCUGAACCCCACAGAGGAGGAAGAGGCAGCAGUGUCUCCAGCGCACUUGGCUGUCGACUGUGAGUUCUACAAGAACAAGUCUCGCAAGCUGAUGGAGGAAAAUGACAGCAUGCGGGAGCGCAUGAACGGAUUGGAGGACAUGGUCCGGAGGCUUAACGCGAAGCUGGAACAGCAGGAGCAGAAGCUUCGGCAUGCGGAGGUUGAUCUCCGCGCAGGUGGUCUUCGGUGA